GGAAGUAGAAGUGAAGGAUAAGGAUUGUGUGAGGCUGAAGAAAGAGCCACGCUGAGAGUGAGGGGAAGAGACCCAGUCUCUCACCUCGUUACAAAGUUUGUUCUUGGAGCAGAGGAGGAGACAGAAGAAGAGGCCACUGAUGGUCCCUGUUGAGUGUGAGAGAUGAGUGCGUUUUGGAGGAUUCCUCCUUAUUGCUGCACUCCUGCAUAUUCCACUACUUGAGCCUGCUGGAGCGGUGCAGAGGUUUGGCUGUAGCCAUGAGGUCUCAGAGGAUUCUGGGCUGACGCAAUGUGUAGAACGACCGGCACAGAGGACAGAUUGACUGACCUGAAUAGCAGCUAAAAGACAGCUGAAGCAGCCAAUAUAGUUCUUAUUUAGGGAGGAAGCAUUAAUACUGGGUCCGAAUCAGUUCUAUAGAGGGUUCCUGACAGGCCUGACUGUCUGGGUUGGUGAGGACUGAGACACUUCCAGGAGUGAUGUGGUUGUUUUGGGCAGGUUAAACCACUCAGGCCGUCAUCCAGUGGCAGCGGCAAGGCUGGAGCUCCAGAGAAGGACCGAUCUGACAAGGACUUUCCAGAAGAAGAGGUCUUGUAUCUCAGUGGGACCUUACUGGCUAAAUAAAGGAUAAAUAAAAUGCCAGAGAUUCACUGCCUGAGGAAACGAGCAGGGUCCUGCGCUUGUGGUGCCAUUUAAUAUUGUUAGAACUCACUAGUGUUCUGCCCUGUUGAUUGUGUGAGCUGAGGAUGUGGAAGUUCAAAGCGUUUUGCCUGGAUUACUGGCACGUGCUGUGUUUGCACCCUCACAGCAACUUUUAUAAAAGUGUGGAAGGGGAUGGACGGUCCAAUGAGAGUGGCCCUUCCCUGGAUGGUGGAGCCAGCUAUGGCCAGGGCCCUGUAACUCACGGUUCAGCCAUCAGCCCCGACCGAUUUGACAGCCCACUUUACAGCCACGGGGUCCAGCCUGGACCUCAGAGGCCCCGUCGGCCCAAACUCCAGCACUCACAGUCCAUUCUCCGUAAGCAGGCUGAGGAGGAGGCCAUCAAGCGGUCACGCUCGCUCUCUGAGAGCUAUGAGCUCUCCGCUGACCUCCAGGAUAAGCAGGUGGAGAUGCUGGAGCGUAAAUAUGGUGGACGAUUCAUAACUCGACAUGCCGCCCGCACCAUUCAAACAGCCUUCCGCCAGUAUCAAAUGAACAAGAACUUUGAACGUCUCAGGAGUUCUAUGUCUGAGAACCGGAUGUCCAGACGCAUCGUUCUCUCCAACAUGAGGAUGCAGCUCUCAUUUGAGGGCCCUGAAAAAGUGCACAGCUCUUAUUUCGAAGGGAGGCAGGUGUCUAUGACGGAGGAUGGCACCCCGCUGUCCAUGGUGCAGUCUGAAUGUGGAGAUAUAGCGGUCAACCAGCAGGCCAACAUGGCAUCUCACCCAGCCCCACAGGGUGACUUGACAGAUGCCAUCACGGAGCUGGAGGAUGCCUUUUCCCGGCAGGUCAAAUCUCUGGCUGAGUCGAUAGAUGAUGCACUGAACUGUCGCAGCCUUCAGGGGGAUGAGGGUCCUGACCCAGAGGCUAUGGGCUGCUCCGAGGUGGAGAGGGAAAUGCCCUAUCAGGUGAAGUCCCAUCGCAGGGCAGCUGAACGCUUGCACGAUGAAACGAUGGCAUCUUAUAGCGAUGUUACUCUAUUCAUCGACGAGGAGGACAUGCCCCCUUCUAUUGCUCUGUUGAGGUCAGGGGACCAGCCCUCCAGCACAGAAUCAGACUUGCGUUUGCGGUCAGUCAACUCCUCCCAGGAGUACUGGCCUAUUGACACUAAAGAUGAGGGUCGUGAUACAGACACAAGCUGCCGCAGCACUCCGUCUCUGGAAUGCCAAGAGCAACGUCUUAGAAUAGACCAUCUUCCUUUGUUGACCAUCGAGCCCCCUAGUGACAGCUCUGCAGAGCUCAGUGACCGGUCUGAACGAGGCUCUGUCAAACGGCCUCAUGUGUAUGAACCACACGGCCACAUUGUAACGUCAUCGCAGGCUAGCCCUAAACACAUUUCUCACGGACCCCCACCACGAGCUCCCUCCCGUGACGAUGAUGCACCUUUACGCCAUCGCCAGCUGGAAAGCCACCUAGCAAUCAAUGGCUCAGCUAACAGGCAGAGCAAAUCGGAGUCUGACUUCUCUGAUGGGGACAACGACAGCAUCAACAGCACAUCCAACUCCAAUGACACCAUCAACUGCAGCUCCGAGUCUUCGUCAAGAGACAGCCUGCGAGAGCAGACACUCAGCAAGCAGACUUACCAUAAAGAGACUCGCAACAGCUGGGACUCGCCUAUCUUCAGUAAUGAUGUUAUUCGCAAGAGGCACUACCGCAUCGGCCUGAAUCUCUUCAACAAAAAGCCAGAGAAAGGCAUCCAGUAUCUGACUGAGAGGGGAUUCAUCCCUGACACACCGGUCGGUGUAGCUCACUUCCUUCUGCAGAGGAAGGGGCUGAGCAGGCAGAUGAUUGGAGAAUUCCUUGGAAACCGACAGAAACAGUUCAACAGAGAUGUCUUAGACUGUGUAGUAGAUGAAAUGGACUUCCAGGGAAUGGAGCUGGACGAGGCUCUCAGGAAAUUUCAGAACCACAUCCGUGUCCAGGGUGAGGCCCAGAAGGUGGAGCGGCUCAUCGAAGCCUUCAGCCAGCGCUACUGCAUCUGUAACCCCACUGUGGUGCGGCAGUUCAGGAACCCUGACACCAUCUUCAUCCUGGCCUUUGCCAUCAUCCUCCUCAACACCGACAUGUACAGCCCCAACGUCAAGCCUGAGAGGAAGAUGAAGCUGGAGGACUUUAUCAAGAAUUUAAGAGGUGUGGACGAUGGAGAGGACAUACCCAGGGAGACUCUGGUUGGCAUCUAUGAGAGGAUUCGUAAGCGAGAGCUCAAGACCAAUGAAGACCACGUCUCACAGGUGCAGAAGGUUGAGAAGCUCAUUGUGGGAAAGAAACCCAUCGGAUCACUCCAUCACGGCCUCGGAUGUGUGCUGUCGCUGCCCCACCGCCGGCUGGUGUGUUACUGUCGCCUGUUUGAAGUACCAGAUCCCAACAAGCUCCAGAAGCUGGGCCUGCAUCAACGGGAGAUCUUCCUGUUCAAUGACCUUCUAGUGGUAACCAAGAUUUUCCAGAAAAAAAAGAACUCUGUAACAUACAGUUUCAGACAGUCCUUCUCUCUGUAUGGGAUGCAAGUCAUGCUGUUUGAAAAUCAGUAUUACCCGAAUGGAAUCAGACUUACGUCAGCGAUACCGGGUGCGGACAUCAAAGUCCUCAUCAACUUUAACGCGCCCAACCCCCAGGACCGCAAAAAGUUCACAGAUGACCUGCGCGAGUCCAUUGCCGAGGUCCAGGAAAUGGAGAAAUACAGAAUAGAAUCUGAGCUGGAGAAGCAGAAGGGGGUGGUGAGGCCUAGCAUGUCACAGAGCUCUGGUCUGAAGAAGGAAUCUGGCAACGGGAGCAUGAACCGUGCUAGUCUGGACGACACUUACGCCAUGGGAGAGGGCCUGAAGAGGAGCGCCCUCAGCAGCUCCCUGCGAGACCUCUCCGAAGCAGGCAAGCGGGGGCGUCGCAGCAGUGCAGGAUCACUAGACAGCAAUAUGGAAGGGUCCAUCAUUAGCAGUCCACACACACGCCGAAGAGCCACCACGCCACGUGAGGGCGCACCACGCGGCCAUCCUUCCAUCCCUAACUCGGCAUCGACUUCCAUCCUUGGGUCACUGUUUGGCAGCAAGCGAGGCAAACCGUCAUCCCAGGGCCAUCCUCCUUUCCCUCCACCCGGUCACCCCACCCUCAUAUCCCACAAGCCCCACCCGACCAACCUGCACCACACAGCACAGGUGGCACAUGCAGUGCAGGCCCAACUCCAAGGUCACCAUUCCGAGUACUGCCAAGUCCCACAGAACCCACCACCUUAUCACCACCAUCAUCACUACCACCCCCCUCCCCACACACAGUACCACCAGCAUCCAGCCUACACCUCACAUGCACACCAACACACCCACUCACAGCACAGCCAUUAUAGCCAGCAUUCCCAUCACUCCUCUCACUCCCAGCACGCUCCUCACCACCACAGUCAGCAGGUGGGUUCGGCACCUGGAGGACCCAAACCCAAACACAGUGGCAUCAGCACCGUAGUGUGAUGCUCUUGACACAGAGGAGAGGUGAGGAGGGACCUUAAUGAAGAAGACACACUUGCUUACACCAAAGGGACUGACAGCCUAACUAUGGCCUGUCCACUGUGUUUGACUGCUGCUGUGAUGGGAAUCAGUCACAUGCAGACACCGUUUUCACCUCCAGAUCCAGCUAAUAAGCAGGAUGGAAUUCGGACUGUAAUCUUCCACCAGGGGCCUUUACUGAUUCAUAAUGGGUUCAGGGGCUUGGCCCUAUCAGAGUUUUGUGGGGUGGGGUUCCGUACGGGAAAAUGCUCUUUGUUUUUUCACACAGACACACACACACACCGCUCAGCCAUGAUGGCUGAAGAGAAAAUUUAUUUUCUCACCAAGCUGCACCCCACUGCUUCAUUCCCUCUUACUUUCACAUAAUCAGGAGCAAAGAAGACCUGAGACAAGAACAUGGCUGAUUGUUUUCUCUGUCACUGUGGUGGCAUCAUUUCUUGUGCAAAGCCUUUCAGAAGUCACGUUUGCAGAUCAUAUGUACAUGCUGCCAUCAUAUGAAUGCUAUUGUUGCCUCCCAUAGAGCUCGUAUGUAGUGAAGAACCUAGAUAUCAUCAUUUCACACGUACUAUCAAAGGCCAGGUAAGCAACUGAGUCAACCCUCUCAGUCAUAGUAGUUUUAGUGCUGUAUUUACUGUAGAUGACAGCUAUAUGUGUUGUCUCCUGGCUCCCAUAAAUAAAUGUGCCAAUUAUUAAUGCAUAAUCUAUUUAGUCAAAACUUCAUGUACAGUAUAAUGUUCGUAAAGUAAUUUGUAAGAUUAUACUUACAAUUAUUAUCAGCAAAAAUGAAUUCUAUCAGUAUUAUACUGGCUCUGUGGUAACAGGAUGUAGAUUUGGAAGGAGUGAACUCCCAUUCAGUCCGACCUAUGAUCCAUUCUGGAAUUCUUGGCUUUCAGAUGGAUCAGAAGGAGCCUCUGGGUGGCAGCUGUUGCAUACGGGCUCGAAAAGGCUGCGCGGUCGCAGCUGAUGCCUCAAAGCAGGCUUUUCCUUUUAGUGCUCAUGGGUGAUAAACUAGGCUGGCUGGUUGUCCUAAUCUCAGUUUACUUUUCAUACUGUGGCUGCUUAAACUGGAAAAGAGUUUCAGUACCCUUGUUAAAAAUGGGUGGGUCUGUUGCCUUUUAACUUAUGCAACAGCUGCUCUUUUGACUCCUGAAAUCAAAAGCAGGAACACUUUUCAAUUCUCCUUAUGCCUUGUUUAGUGUGUAUAUAUAUAUAUAUUUUUUUUAUUCACCAACAAAAUUUUGUGAAUGAGUAACAUCAGUUCAUACAUAGUGAAGUAAUUUUUCAUCUCCUUUCUGUCAUAUGUGCAAUAUCUUUCCCUCCGAUUUAUGUGUUUUUCAUACGGCAUCGUUUAUUUAUUUAUUUUUGUUUUUGACCCCUGUCAGUCUUUCUCAGUAAAUUGCUGUGUGGCUGUCCUCGCGGUCUGAUGAGAGGUGCACACUUGGAGUUCAGUGGAAUGUCUAGUAAGUGAUCUUCUGCAUGUAAUGUUCUUGAUGUGAGGUUAUCCUCUGCACAUUGUAUAACAAAUCAGUGUUACCAUAGCAAGUUUAAGUGCAAUCAUGUUCAGACUUGUACUGCGAGUGGAAGUCUGUUAUCUUGUUGUCCAGGACAAGAUUCAGGUGGAAAAAAACUUUUUCAUUUAAGAAUCUAUAAAUACACAGUUCACAGUAGAAAGAGAAAUGUGUGUAUAUAUUUUAAUAAGAGGAACUGAACAGGGCUGAACAGAAAUAUUUAGCUGGAUAAGCACAUAUGAAAGACCACUUUCAUUUUUUCAGGUAAUGCAGUUAUACAAAAUGCAAACUGAACAAACGUAUAUGGGUAUAUGUAAAGAAUAACUUUCUACAUUCUACAAAUAGUCUAUUCUAGUGUGUAUAAUAGUGACAGUAAACUGUUUGUCCUAAUAUUCAGGUUGUAAAUGUAUUUUAACUUUCAGAGAAAACCCUUUGCCAUAAGUCAGGCUUCUUCCUACACAUCUCUCCUCAUAUGAAGUAAUGAAGAAUGUUCAGAUGGCGUGUAUAUCUCACAUGGGACAUUAAUGAUCAGUUGAAUGUGUCUUUCGGUUGGUUUCAUAUUUUUACUAGAAUCCAGAAAUCUUGGGAUGAUGUAAAACCGAGGAACCUGUUUAUUUCGGUGGAUGUUUCUGCAAACGUCUAGUCAUUGUUUGUGAUAAAGUACCCCAACAAUGCACUGCACGGAUCUGAUCAGAUGCAUUGUGUCCUAUUCACUGUGAGCCUUGGGUGGGAUCAGCCAAUAAUAUUUGACUUCCUAUAAUAUUUGACUUUGUUUGGAAUUUCCUGAUGUGUUGAUAUGUUCUUGUCCCAUGUUAGGCCAGCAGUUAUUGAGGCUCAGCAUGCAUUUCAUAAAUAACACUGCACUUCCGCUGCUGAGGGCUUUCAUCAUGUAAAUAUGGGAUUUUGAUGUGCAAACUGAUGAACCUCUUUUUAGGAGGGUUUGUCUUUAUGAAGCUGAAAGGGACCAAGACGUGGGGUUAAUGGAACUGUACAUAAUGUGUAUAUGAUCAGUAAUCUAUUCUGAUAUCUGCAGUUAAGACCAGGAUGUAUAUAUGUCACCUCAUAGAUGGAUGUAAGGGGAGUUAUAUGAACAUAUCGAUUGUCUCUGCCUGCAGCUGUUGUCUAUUCACAUUUGCUGUGGAAAUCAAAAACAGACUGUUAGAAAGUUCCCUACCAUUUACAUGCAGCUUUUUUUUUCAUACAUGCACCCCUCCCCCCCUCCACACACACACAUACAGUACAUACUGUACACACAAACAAACAUACACAUAUCCUGCUGCAAGCUGUUCAGUCUGGUGUGAGAAAUUUUUUUAAACAAAAGAUCAGAAUGGCCUCAUUUAUAUGUGCAUUCUGUUUGUACAGUGAGUAGUGAGUCAGUAAGAUCCCCAGUUAUUGUAAAACCUCCAACUGUGACAAUGUCGAGAACGCAAAAUAAACAAAUAUGAC